AUGCAGAUUCCACUUCGAGUCUUUGCGGCUGCAAUUUGCAUUCCCAUCAUUUUAGCAAGUUGUGGUUUUGGGGAACUUUGCCGAACUGAAUCAGAUUGUGCUUCCCAAUGGAAAGCAGAUUAUCAAGACUACUUCAGGCCCCUGUCCUUUGCGCGACUGUAUGCCAAUGAUGCUGGCGCUCCCAUGCCGGACAGUGAGAAAACUUUGUCCGCGAUCGAGCUGCACCGCAUGAAAGACUCGGCAGAUCAGCUCCUCAGUUCGAGAGAGGAAGGUGGCAGGCUUCAGGAGCUAGAUCUUAUUGUAACCGAUGCAGCAUAUAAAGUCUUGAUGUGUUGGAACUCUGGGGGGCGCUUUUGGUACUUGGAAACUGACGUUACCAGCUCUACAGCUUGCGUGCCUUCAAUUUGCACUGAAGAGCAUAUUCAAAGGACUGUUGCCCGAAUGUUCUUUGAAAAGAUAGCUCCGCCCGGCUUCAGCCCGGAAAUAAACCUCGUGCGCGAGCUCUUUCAUUGGGGACAGAUGCAGCUGGACUUCGUCAUUAUUGGGAUGGAUGGCUGUGGUAGCACAUCCGUGCACAGGAUACUGGCGCAGCAUACGGAGGUCACGUUCACCAACAUAUCCGUCUUCAAUGUUGAUGAAGAUUUUUUCUUGAUAGAGAUGGGCAGGCAAACGUUGCCUUUUCGUGCUCAAGUGGAGCGCUUGAACCUUUUUCGCAUGGAGCUCCAGGCCCUGAAGGGCGACUCCCAGCUGGUCGGGCUUUAUCAGCCCUACAUGUGGCAUGUUGAUGUGCUGAGGUUGGCGAUCAAGCAAAUGCCAAACCUAAGGGUACUUGCCACAGUUUGUGACCCUGUAGAUCGCUUUGAGCGUCGCAUGCACGGCCAGAGUAGGCCAUCUGACGAGAAGUUGUCGGAAUCCGUCGCAAGGCAGCUCAACGACGAUGCCUCGGUAAAUCUUGCGCAGAAAUGGCGUGGGUGGCAUGCGGCCUUUGGGCAUCGAGUUCUUUUCGUUGAGCAGCUUAGACUCAGUUCGCAUGAAACGUGGAGAACCAUUUCCAAGUUCUUGAAAAUCCGGCCAUUCCCACGCACCUUCCGAUUUCCACGCUACAACGCACGUGGUUCGCGGUCGAAUCUUUGUCAGCACCGGAGACUACUGGACGACUUGAAGGAGCGCUUCAGGUCGGAGUACGACUUUUUGCAGGAAAUCUUCGGAUCCGAAGGCUUCAAGCACCGCUGGACUCAUUGUGAAAGGAUGGAUUCCAUGAACACCGCAUGCGUGAAGGACAGGUGUGCCUAG